AUGAACACGGAGAAGGACUUUUCGCCAUUGACGCCAAACAUUGUGAGAGCUCUUAACGACAAACUAUACGAGAAGAGGAAGGUGGCCGCUCUGGAGAUUGAAAAGCUUGUGCGAGAGUUUGUGGCUCAGAACAACUCCACUCAGAUCAGACAUGUCAUCCAGAUUUUGGCGACAGAGUUUGCUCUGUCCCAGCACCCCCACAGUCGUAAGGGAGGGCUGAUUGGUCUGGCAGCGUGUUCCAUUGCUUUGGGGAAGGACUCAGGGCUUUAUCUAAAGGAGCUCAUCGAGCCAGUCCUCACCUGCUUUAACGACUCGGACAGCCGGCUGCGUUACUACGCCUGCGAGGCGCUGUACAAUAUAGUGAAGGUGGCCAGGGGCGCAGUGCUCCCUCACUUCAACGUGCUCUUUGACGGACUCAGCAAGCUCGCGGCAGAUCCUGAUCCUAACGUGAAGAGCGGCUCUGAGCUCCUCGACCGUCUCCUUAAGGACAUUGUGACUGAGAGUAACAAAUUUGACCUGGUGGCCUUCGUGCCCUUGCUGCGAGAGCGGAUCUACUCCAACAACCAGUAUGCCCGCCAGUUCAUCAUCUCGUGGAUCCUGGUGCUUGAGUCAGUCCCAGAUAUCAAUCUUCUGGAUUAUCUGCCAGAGAUACUGGAUGGACUUUUCCAGAUCCUGGGAGAUAGCAGCAAGGAGAUCAGACGAAUGUGUGAGGUGGUUUUAGGAGAGUUCCUGAAAGAGAUUAAAAAAACGCCCUCCAGCGUGAAGUUUGCGGAAAUGGCAAACAUCCUGGUUAUCCACUGUCAAGUGUCAGAUGAAUCAAAGCUGACUAAUGAUCUAAUCCAGCUCACAGCCAUGACGUGGAUGAGGGAGUUUAUCCAGCUUGCCGGGCGCGUGGUUCUUCCCUACUCCUCUGGCAUUCUGACGGCCGUCCUUCCGUGCCUGUCCUACGACGACCGCAAGAAGAGCACCAAAGAGGCAGCCAGCGCCUGUAACCACAGCCUGAUGAAGCUGGUUACCCCAGAAGACGAUGACGAGGAGGAAACGCAGUCUAAUGGGACCCCUCCAAAAGAAGACGUGCCCUCUAAGACACCAGAGGACGUUAACAAUGCAUUAAACGCUUCCCAGGAGUCAGUGGGCUUCAGUAACAUCUCUUUCUUCACACCCUCAAGCUCAGACAGGAGUCACGUAACUUUGGACCUGGAUGGUAUUGUUCAGGUGCUGGACAGACACUUGCAUGACUCAUCCACAGGAAUGAUGACUCGCAUUGCAGUCCUCAAAUGGCUGUACCACCUCUACAUCAAAACACCUCGCAAGAUGUUCCGACACACAGACAGUUUGUUUCCCAUGUUACUCAAGACACUUUCAGAUGAGUCUGAUGAGGUCAUACUGAAAGACCUUGAGGUUCUAGCGGAGAUCGCUUCAUCGCCGUCUGGGCAGAAAGACUCCACGGGUUCAUGUGAAAACAUGGACGGGAAAUCAGAGCUGCACGUUAACGAGGUCACCAAAGUAGGUCAGCAGCUAGUGGCUGGUUCCAAGGCGGCGGACUCCUCUCCGUCUACUCCCAGCAUGAACUCCUACUUUUACAAGUUCAUGAUUAACCUGCUCAAGCGCUUCAGUCAGGAGAGGAAGCUUCUAGAGAUGAGAGGAGCUUUCAUUAUUCGACAGCUCUGUCUGCUCCUACAUGCCGAGAACAUCUUCCACUCCAUGGCAGAUAUCUUGCUAAAGGAGGAGGACCUGAAGUUUGCCUCCACUAUGGUUCAGACACUUAACACGAUCUUACUCACCUCGGCCGAACUCUUCCAGCUCCGCAACCAACUCAAGGAUCUGCACACGCAGGAAAGCUGUACCCUGUUCUGUUGCCUGUACCGCUCCUGGUGCCACAACCCUGUGGCCACCGUGUCACUUUGCUUCUUGACCCAGAACUACCGCCACGCCUAUGACCUCAUCCAGAAAUUUGGUGACCUGGAGGUGACCGUGGAUUUCCUCAUGGAAGUUGACAAACUGGUGCAGCUUAUUGAGAGUCCAAUCUUCACUUACUUGAGGCUGCAGCUGCUGGACGUGGAGAAUAACCCGUAUCUGAUCAAGGCUCUGUAUGGUCUGCUCAUGCUCCUGCCCCAGAGCCAGGCCUUUCAGCUUCUCUCCCACCGUCUCCGCUGUGUGCCCAACCCCGAACUCAUGAGGACUGUGGCUGAUUCCAAACCACUGGGUGGCGUACGGCCGACCCAGGCACAUGUGGACUACAACGAGCUUCUUCAGCACUUUGACCGGGUCCAGAGCAAGCACCUGGAAGUGAGGCACCAGAGAAUGGGCCGGGCCGAACACACAGACCGAAAGUGAGUCGGCAGCUCCCGUUACAAAAAU